AUGGCUCUCGCCUUCGCAAAGCUGUCAUUCCUUUGUCUCUACCUGAACUUGAGCCCCGCGCGCGGCUUUCGCGCUGGAGUGUACUUCACCAUAUUCGUUGUCGUCGGAUCUUGUGUCGGCAUCGUCAUCUCUCUACUUGCAGCAUGCAAGCCGUUUGCGAAGAAUAUCGACGUCACCGUCACAGAAGGGCAAUGUUUGAACAAAGCGGCAUUAUACAUCGCUACUGGGGUACUGAACAUCGUCACGGAUAUCAUGGUCAUCAUCCUACCAAUACCCAUGGUUCUGCGACUACAAAUGUCGAGAGAGCGGAAGAUUAUGGUGAUAGGCAUCUUCAGCGUUGGCUCGAUGUAA